AUGCAUUUCCUGUGUUGUCCGACGAUAUUAUCGAAUGGUUAUAGUUGUCCAUCGGAUGAAAAUCUUCAUCUCCAAUCGAACUUGACUUCAUCUGUAAAACGCGUUGAUCGAACGUUGAGUUGUUCGGCUGAUGAGAAAAGUUUCAGUGAAGAAUUCGAUGAAAUAUUUUUGUUCGAUGAUGAAGAUAAUACAACUCCAACGCCGCACGGACGUUUUGCUGAUGCGGUAACCAAAAUCCGGCAAUUGCACGCACUUGAUGCGGAUGGUAAACCAGUUACACGGCGACUUCUACCAGGGAUAAACAAUAACAAUAAUUCCAAUUCAAAUAUCGAUGCUAACGGAAAUGUAUCAACUGAUCCACAAGCAAAUAAUGCAUUCUACAAUUGCAUUGAUAGUGCACCAGACAUUCCUGAUGCAAAACCAGUACCAUUGGGUCUUGAUAUGGGAAUCACCGUGGCCAAACGUUCAGCUGGUGUUCCGACCGCCAUUGGACGACAUAAUUUGAACGAUGAAGAACUGCGUACGCAUGUAUAUAAAAAAACAUUACAAGCAUUAAUUUAUCCGAUAUCGUUAACAACUCCACAUGAUUUCGAAUUUUGUUCAUUUACCCAUCCAACCUAUUGUUAUGAAUGUGAGGGUCUACUAUGGGGAAUCGCUCGGCAAGGUUUAAAAUGUCGAGAAUGUGGAGUAAAAUGUCAUGAGAAAUGCAAAGAUCUUUUAAAUGCUGAUUGUCUCCAACUUUCAUUAUCUAAUGUAUUUUAUCCGGAAGAAGAUAUUAAUGAGAAACUUGGCGAGGAGAAACGUCGAGCACAGAAAAAUGCCAAACAUGGUGCUGAUGAUAAAGCGAAAACUUUAAUGGAAGCCAUGCAUGAAAAAAUGACACAUCGAGAAAGUACACGACCACAUCUUUUUAAAACCAUUCGUGACGUUUUCAAUGUUGAUGAAAUCUCUCAUGUCGGUCAUAUGAAAGCUGUUAAACAAAGUGUACUGGAUGGAACAUCAAAAUGGUCAGCCAAAUUGGCGAUAACUGUGAUAAGUGCUCAAGGUUUAAUAGCGAAAGAUAAAUCUGGUACAUCUGAUCCAUAUGUGACUGUACAAGUUGGUAAAGUUAAAAAACGAACGAAAACGGUUUAUUCGGAAUUGAAUCCGACGUGGAAUGAAAAAUUCUUUUUUGAAUGCCAUAAUUCAUGUGAUCGAAUCAAAGUUCGAGUGUGGGAUGAAGAUGAUGAUAUUCGCGCUAAAUUAAUGCAAAAAUUAACUCGAGAAUCCGACGACUUUCUCGGUCAAACGAUCAUCGAAGUUCGAACUUUAUCAGGCGAAAUGGAUGUUUGGUAUAACUUAGAAAAACGAACAGAUAAAUCAGCAGUUUCUGGUGCUAUUCGUCUUCAUAUAUCAGUUGAAAUCAAAGGAGAAGAAAAAGUCGCUCCAUAUCAUGCACAAUAUACAUGUUUACAUGAAAAUUUAUUUUAUACUCUUUGUGAAGGCAACAAUGGCCAACCGAUCAUACCGGAUGCUAAAGGAGAUGAUGCAUGGAAAGUUUAUUUCGAUGAACCAUCUCAAGAAAUCGUUAAUGAAUUUGCAAUACGUUACGGUAUUGAAUCGAUUUAUCAGGCAAUGACGCAUUUCGCAUGUCUAUCAACGAAAUAUAUGUGUCCGGGAGUUCCUGCUGUGAUGAGUACUCUUCUAGCUAAUAUUAAUGCGUAUUAUGCACAUACAACAGCUACGACUGCUGUAUCAGCAGCUGAUCAAUUUGCAGCAUCGAACUUUGGAAAAGAUAAAUUUAUUAAACUAUUAGAUCAAUUACACAAUUCAAUUCGAAUUGAUUUAUCAAUGUAUCGAAAUAAUUUUCCAUCUUCAAGUCCAGAACGAAUGCAAGAUUUGAAAUCCACUGUUGAUCUUCUCACAUCUAUCACAUUCUUUCGAAUGAAGUUUGCGAGACUUAUUCAUUUUCGAUUAAUUUCGAAUAAUACCGUACAAGAACUGAGUUCUCCGCCUCGAGCGUCUGGUGUUGUUAAAGAUUGUGUGAAGAAUUGCAUUCGUCAUACUUACAACUUUCUAUUUGCUAAUUGUGAUGAAGUUUAUAAACGAGAAUCGAAACAACAACCGAAUGGAACAGACAAUCCUCCGGAACAACCGGUGGAGGAUGUAGCACAAGGAUCAGUACCAAAUGUUGUUGUGCCAAGUCUGAAAAGUCUACAAUUUUGGCAUCAUUUCAUGUAUUUAUUAACAUGUAUCAUCUCCGAAGAUCGAGAACGAUAUAGUCUAGUGCUAAAUCAAUUUCCAUCAGAGCUUAAUGUUGGUCAUAUAAGUGCAGAUACACUAUGGAAAUUAUUGUCCACAGAUCUGAAGGAUCAUCUCGAAGAGCAUGCUCGAGUUCCUGCUGAACGUCGAGAAAUUAAGAGUGCUGAUUACAUGAAUCUUCAUUUUAUGAUCAAGCGAUUCUAUGAUACAUUAGUUAAAGUCAUUCCCGAAUCAAAAAAUACAGUUCCUGAAUAUCCCAAUUAUUAUACACCUAAAGAAUUUAAACGGUGGUUUGAACCGUUUGUUAUGCAAUGGCUCAAUGAAAAUGAUGACAUGUCUAUGGAAUAUCUUCAUAAUGCUGUCGAAAAAGAUCGACAAACAGGAUUUCAACAAACAUCUGAACAUUGUUUAUUCUCUUCAUCUGUUGUUGAUGUUUUCACCCAAUUGAACCAAUGUCAUGGAAUCAUUAAAACUCUCGAUCUUCACGAUCCAUUGGUCAUUGCGACAUACAUGCGACGAUUUUCCAUGACAAUAUCUCAAGUUCUACUUGGCUAUGCCAACGCCAUUCGUCGAACAUUUGGAUUUGUCGGUGGACAGGAUCAUACUUGUUCAAUAUUAAUGAAUAAUAUUCAACAAUUACGAUUAAACUUAGAACAAUUGUACGAACUAAUGGGCGGCGCACAACUUGAUGAAGAUACCAAAACGCGUUUGAAUGAAUUACAAAAACAAUUAAGUGAUGUUCUUGAUGAGUUAAGUGCAACAUUUGUGAAAAGUAUUGAACCAACAAUCAGACAAUCAAUUGAAGAAGUUUAUAAACAAUUACAGCAAAUCAAAGGAAAUCAAAUUGGACCAGGAAAUAAUGGUGGACAACAGAAAGGCGCAGAAGCAAUGCUUGUUACUAAACCACUAUUGGAUUAUCUCGAUCAGAAGUUAACAUUCUUUGCUGAACAAUGUGAAAAGACUGUGUUGAAACGUCUUUUGAAAGAAUUGUGGAAAGCGGUGAUUAGUGAUCUGGAGAAAGUAAUCGUGUNUUAUAAACAAUUACAGCAAAUCAAAGGAAAUCAAAUUGGACCAGGAAAUAAUGGUGGACAACAGAAAGGCGCAGAAGCAAUGCUUGUUACUAAACCACUAUUGGAUUAUCUCGAUCAGAAGUUAACAUUCUUUGCUGAACAAUGUGAAAAGACUGUGUUGAAACGUCUUUUGAAAGAAUUGUGGAAAGCGGUGAUUAGUGAUCUGGAGAAAGUAAUCGUGUUACCGCCAUUUGCAGAUGCGAAAAAUCUUUUGACGAUCCCAGCAGCGAAAAUUGAAGAUGCUUAUCGACUUCUAUCAGGGGAAUUAGGUCGAGAUACUGAUCGAAGUUUGACGCAGAAACAAUGUCAAAUCUUAGAUCGGGGCUUAGAAGAUUUAAAAGAAUUCUUUCAUGCAUCUGGUCAAGGUUUGAAGAAGAAUUACUUGGAAAAAACUCUCGAAUUACAAUCACUUAAAUAUGCACUUUCACUUUACACACAAACAACUGAUUCAUUAAUUAAAACAUUCGUUCAAACUGAAAAAGAACAAGAUCGACCUGCAUUAGAAGAAUCUUUUGGUGAAGUUUCAAUUCAAAUUGAUCUAUUUACUCAUCCAGGUAGCGGUGAACAUAAAGUGACUGCCAAAGUUGUGGCUGCGAAUGGUUUGAAAUGGCGUACAACGGGAAUGUUUCGUCCGUAUGUCGAAUUGGCUAUAUGUGGACCGCAUUUGAGUGAUAAAAAACGUAAACAUACAACUAAAACAAAAAGCAACACAUGGAUACCAAAAUAUAACGAAACAUUUCAUUUUUUGUUGGGCAAUGAAGAAGAACCCGAUUGUUAUGAAUUGAAUAUUGCUGUAAAAGAUUAUUCUUUUAUGCGUGAAGAUCGUUUGAUUGGUCUAAAUGUUAUUAAACUAACUCAAGUUAUUGAACAAGGUUCAUGUUUGUUGGGCAAUGAAGAAGAACCCGAUUGUUAUGAAUUGAAUAUUGCUGUAAAAGAUUAUUCUUUUAUGCGUGAAGAUCGUUUGAUUGGUCUAAAUGUUAUUAAACUAACUCAAGUUAUUGAACAAGGUUCAUGGUCAUCGUGGGUGCCAUUAGGCGCGCGAGUCAAUUUUGAUGAAACAGGUUUAACUAUCUUGAGAAUUUUAUCCCAUCGAACCAAUGAUGAAUUAGCACGAGAAUUUGUUUCACUUAAAUCAGCAAGAAGACACAAAGAAGAUGUGUGA